AUAAAUCAGUUGUGGAUAACAUCUUCCUACACUGUGACUUCUCAAGAAAUCUUGAAUUUCAGAAAGCUUAAAAGACUACGAAUUUCUAAUUGUAGGAGCUUAGAAUACCUUUUUACCCCUUCCAUGGUAUCAGGCCUUGGGCACCUCGAGGACUUGUUUGUAACAUGCUGUCAAGAUUUGAAACAAGUGAUUAUGGUAAAAGGAGUUGAGGAGGUAGUGAACACAGAGUUAAAAGUUUGACACUCUCUGAGUCUUCUGAGUUAAUUCAAAUUUGGAAAAGGAAUUCGAAAGAAUUAAUAUUUCCUUUCAAAAAGCUUCAAUCUCUAGAAGUUAACAAUUGUAGCAGCUUGAGCUACCUUCUAACCCCCUCCAUGGUAUUGCGCCUUGGGCAACUCGAGAACUUGAAGAUAAAAGACUGUGCAGCAAUAGAACAAGUGAUCAUGGCUACAAGAGUUGGAGAGGUAGUUGAAUCUGACUCAAUACUUUUCCCACAACUAGAGUCCAUUUCAUUAGAGUCUUGCUCCAAGUUGUCAAGUUUCUAUGUGGGAAGUAAGACCCUCAAGUUUCCAAUGCUGGAGGAAAUUAUUGUAAAGGAUUGUCUAAAGAUGGUUAGAUUCAGUUUUAAAUUUUCAAGUGAGCAAGAGAAAGAGACAACUGAUGGAAGAAGUGAGGAAUUGCUUGUCAAGAAAGAACCUAAUAUCUUCAUUGAGGUCUUCUUUUGUGAUGAGGUUGAGAUUCCUAACUUGGAGAAGUUGACUCUAUCCUCAAUCAAUACAAAGCAAAUUUGGAACAGUCAUCUUUCAUCAAUAUCUUCAUUUGCUCAAAAUUUAACAAAGUUGAAGGUGGUCAACUGUUCCAAUUUGAAAUAUCUGUUUACAUUCUCAAUGGUUAAAAGUUUUGCACAACUUGAAGAACUUGGGGUUAGUGGAUGUGAGAUGAUGGAAGUGGUAAUAUUGAUAGAAGGGACAGUGGAAGAAGAAAAGAUUUGCCAGACGGUGUUCCCCAAACUAGAGUACUUGAUACUUAAUGACCUACCCCAACUUGCAACAUUUUGCUCCAAUUGUGAUUCUCUAGGAAAAAUUUAUGACUCUGAAAGAGUCAAUUUUGAUACCAGAUCACAAAAAUUGCUAGCCACGCAAUCCACUUUGGUGGAAACAGAGGCCACCGAGCUUGUAUUUUCUCAAGUGAGAUGUCUGAUACUUAGACUCUUACCGAAAUUCAAGAGUUUCUUCCCUCAAACGCACAUCACAGAAUGGCCAUCAUUGAAAGAUUUAGUUGUGAUCGACUGUCAUGGAGCACAAAUAGUUGCUUCAGAAUUUUCAAGAACUGAGAUGACACAUCGAGACAGCCAACUUGAAAGGGAAUCUCAACAUCUCAUGUUUUGGAUUAGCAAGGCUGCAUUUCCUAGUCUAGAAUGGCUGGUUGUGAAAUGGAAUGACAACAUGAAGAUACGGUGUGGACAUCAUCCAGAGGAGUAUUUUGGUAAACUAGAGGUUCUGCACCUCAUCGGCUUUCCUAAGCAAUCUGCUUUUCUUCCUCCUUUCUUCUUCCACUCCCUGCCCAAUCUCGAAAGCCUUCUUGUGAAGGAUGCUUUCUUCGAUGAACUAUUCCAAUGUGAAGAAGUUACUGGUGAGGAAAAACCUGUGCGUGGACGCACUCCAUUAAGGGAAUUAAGAUUGUCCAAACUUCAUGAGCUAACACAUCUUUGGAAGGAAGAAUCCCAACUUGAAGUAGACAUUCUCAGAAACCUAGAAACUCUAAAAGUGCUUCCCUCCACUGUAUAUUUCAACAAUUUGCAGACUCUAGUGGUAUCUGAGUGUCAUGGACUUGUCAAUUUAGUGAGAUACUCAACAGCGAAAAGCUUGGGGCAGCUCCGAAGAAUGAAAGUAGCUGAUUGUGAGAUGAUAGAAGAAAUUGUCGUAUGUUUGGGUGAUGCUGUGAACGAUGGCAUUGUUUUCACCGAAUUGGAGUGUUUGCAACUUAAAGCUUUACCAAGACUAGAAAGCUUCUGCUCAGGGGAUUGCAACUUUAAAUUCCCAGCUUUGGUAGAGACUCUAGUGGUAUCUGAGUGUCAUGGACUUGUCAAUUUAGUGAGAUACUCAACAGCGAAAAGCUUGGGGCAGCUCCGAGGAAUGAAAGUAGCCGAUUGUGAGAUGAUAGAAGAAAUUGUCGUAUGUUUGGGUGAUGCUGUGAACGAUGGCAUUGUUUUCACUGAAUUGGAGUGUUUGCAACUUAAAGGUUUACCAAGACUAGCAAGCUUCUGCUCAGGGGACUUCAACUUUAAAUUCCCAGCUUUGGUAGAGGUAAUUGUUACAGAGUGUCCAAAUAUGCAGAUUUUCUCAAAGGGAAAACUAAGCACACCAUGGCUACAAGAAGUGAAAUUGACAGGAGAUAUAGAUGAAGAUAUGGAUGAAGAUAUGGAUGAAGAUAUGGAUGAAGAUAAAGAGAAAAAAAUAGAUGAUAUUUUUAAUAAAGAUGAAGAUGAAGAUGAAGAUGAAGCUGUAGAAGAGGAUGAAGUUGAAGAUGAAAGAAGUUGGGAGGGUAAUCUUAACAGCACUAUACAACAAUUGUUUACGGACAAGAGUGCUCGCAAUUGUAAAGACGGCAAUGGAGAAAACAGUGAUCAUGAUGCUAAAGAAAAUGAUGGUAAUUAAUGGCUAUGAACAAGAUUGGGAUUUUAGGUUUUAAUGGUGCACUCACAAGAAGCUAGAUUUUUGUAUUACCAAGUUCCCACAUUGCUUUGGCAUUCAAAAGAAUCUUUCAAUUUUUAAAAUUUGUGUGUGACAUGAUUAUCAAGUAGUUAAUUGUGAAAACCACUAAAGACCAUUUCAUUUUAUUUUUCUUGUGCUUUUUUUAUUGUGUGAAAGAGAGCAAUUGAAUUUGUGUUGUAUCUCUAUUCAAAAAAGAGAUGUGAUUUGUGAACUAA